AAAAGAAGAGAUUGGAAGAUAACCUCACCUUUUUCGUAAUGCGAAAAAUGUUUUUUUCUAUGUUAAUUUUUGUUUUAAUAUUUUGAAAAUGUUAAAAUGUUGUUAAAUAGAAUGUGUUUUAUUUUGUUUAAACCAUCACAACAUCGUUUGAAACGUCAAUUUCUACCGUGUUUAAGAGCCAGAAAGUUUUCUAGUGAAAAUUUAAACAAUGUCAACAUUAAUAAGGAAAAUGAAGAAAAUUAUGAAGAGAAUAUACAAAAUAAAAUAUUAGAAGCUUCAUUGACUUACGUACAGGAAUUGGGAUGGAGUAAAGCCGCAUUAAGUUCAGGAGCAGAACAAGUGGGCUACCCUGGUAUCUCACAUUCUAUGUUUCCCAAUGGUGGUGGCGACUUGGUGCACUAUUUUCAAAAAAGGUCCAGUAAAAGGUUACUUCAGUACCUGAAAGAGUUACAACAGGAGAGUUCUUCCAGGCCUAUUCCCCCAAUAAAUUUUGUAGAGAAAGCUUUAAAGGCACGCUUAGAAAUGACAGUACCCUACGUUUCAAAAUGGCCACAAGCAAUAGCAAUCAUGUCAUUGCCCCAAAAUGUUCCUAAUUCUCUUGCAACUUUACUUACCAUGGUGGACGAUAUUUGUUAUUAUGCUGGAGAUUCGUCCGUUGAUUUUAACUGGUAUGCAAGAAGGAUUGCAGUUGCAGGAGUUUACAAGGCAACAGAGCUGUACCUAAUUCAAGACACCUCAACUGAUUUUAAGAACAGUUGGCAGUUCUUGAAUAAACGACUGUCAGAAUUGGAGCAAUUACAUAUGCUCUUAGUCAAAUCUGAUGAGUCUAGUCGAAUUACCAAGGAUUCAAUCGCAGCUGCAUUUACUACAGCGAGAAAUAUGAUUGGAUUGAAUUAGUAAAAGUAUUAAGGAUUUGUUGUUACUUUGCUUAUGUUUUAAAAAUUCUUCUGUAUAUCUUCUUAUUUUAACAAAGUGAGAUUUUUUGUAA